AAAACGCGACUAUUUUUUAACGCAUUUUUUCAAAUAUUGGGUUUUUUUCUCCUUUUUGUUGAUGUAUAAUGGAUCUCGAUCAGUACUAUGAUUUUGACAGCAUAUUAGCAGAACAUACAAAAGUGCCAUGCAUAGCUCUUUGUGAUUUCGAAAAGGAUGUCAACCUUUUAGGGGACGAAACACCUGUCUCUCGCAAUACACGUAUAGAAUUACCGUACUGGGUUGCAAAACCAUUAGCUCAAUAUACCUCGCCAAGUGAAGGCAAUCUGAUUGUAGUUGAAAUGCCAAAAACAUAUGGAACCAGAGUUCGAAAUAUGUUGCUAGCAAGUCCAGAAAGCGUAGAUUUUCGAUCACUAAGUGGAUAUUAUUAUGAAUUUGGAGUGAAGUUGAUAGAAUUUCUAAUUGAUGAUCAAUUACCGCAUAUAAUAGACAAGGCAUUUAAACAAAGACUUAAAAGUAUUAUGAACUACUCCCAGUCAUCAGGAUCAACUAUUGGCAUAGAAUUUAUUCAAAGGCUAGAUGAAACAGAGAAAGACUUGUAUAGAUUAGGACAACAAAGUGCUUCUGAUUUCAGAAAGUGGCUGGAUAGAGCAAUUUAUAAAAUUAAGAACGUUGACAUAGCAUCAAACAGAUCUUUUACAUAACCCCCUUUCUUUUUCCAUUUGAAUUUUAAUGGAAAUAAACCUUUUCAUCAUCAACAUUCUCUGUUUGACAGAUUGAUCUUGUUACACAAAGCGACAUCUUGUCUUGAGCUGUGUGCCAGUGGCAAUGAAAAUAAUGGUUAUUACAACUUGC